CUCGAACUUAUCCUCUCUUUCUCCAAACUUUACCAAAACUUUCGGUUACGAAACAACUACACACUACACAGAGAUGGCCUCUAAGCUUAUGACAUCAACCCUCCGAAAAAUCCUAACCGAAGCCACUAAAACCACAACCCUCCGCCCUCUCUCCACCGCCGCAGCCGUCGCUGCUACGAUACCCGAACCCUUCGAAGACGAAAAUGGAAUUUCCAUGAAGGGAGUAAAAAUUUCAGGUCGUCCACUCUACCUCGACAUGCAGGCAACCACUCCAGUCGAUCCACGUGUCGUUGACGCGAUGCUUCCGUUUUACCUUUCCCGUUACGGUAACGCCCACUCUCGGACACACUAUUACGGCUGGGAAUCGGAUUUCGCCGUCGAGACCGCUCGUUCUCAAAUCUCCGAUCUUAUCGGCGCUUCUCCGAAAGAAAUAAUAUUCACUUCUGGCGCAACCGAGUCUAACAAUAUUUCAAUCAAAGGAGUCAUGCACUUUUACAAGGACAAGAAGCGCCACGUGAUCACGACACAGACGGAGCACAAGUGUGUUCUCGAUUCGUGCCGGCAUCUUCAGCAGGAAGGAUAUGAAAUUACUUAUUUGCCUGUUGGAUCGGAUGGGCUUGUAAAUUUGGAUGAAUUACGGGCGGCUAUUCGGCCUGACACGGGUUUAAUUUCCGUUAUGGCGGUUAAUAACGAGAUAGGUGUGAUUCAGCCCAUGGAAGAAAUAGGUCAAAUAUGUAAAGAAUUUAAAAUUCCGUUUCAUGCAGACGCUGCUCAAGCGUUGGGGAAGAUUCCAAUUGAUGUGGAGAAAUGGAAUGUUAGUUUGAUGUCAUUGAGUGGACAUAAAAUUUAUGGGCCCAAAGGGAUUGGAGCUUUGUAUUUGAGACGGAGACCACGAAUCCGAGUUGAACCGUUGAUAAAUGGAGGUGGACAAGAGAGAGGGAUAAGGAGUGGGACUUUGCCCACCCCGUUAAUUGUGGGUUUUGGCUCUGCUUGCGAGAUUGCAAAAAAGGAAAUGGAUUACGAUCAUAAGAGAAUAACCCUGCUGCAGGAUCGAUUGUUGAAUGGAAUCAGAGAGAAAAUUGACGGGGUGGUAAUAAACGGUAGUAUGGAGAGGAGAUAUGCGGGGAAUUUGAAUUUGUCCUUUGCCUAUGUUGAGGGAGAGAGUCUGUUAAUGGGUUUGAAGGAUGUGGCGGUGUCCAGUGGUAGUGCUUGUACUAGUGCGAGUUUGGAGCCUUCUUAUGUUUUGAGGGCGUUGGGUGUGGAUGAGGAUAUGGCUCAUACUUCGAUUAGGUUUGGGAUUGGGAGGUUUACCACAGAGGCUGAGAUUGACAAGGCUGUUGAGCUUACUGUUAAACAGGUUGCAAAGUUGAGGGACAUGAGCCCACUGUAUGAAAUGGUGAAAGAAGGGAUUGACAUAAAGCAGAUACAAUGGACACAACAUUGAGACAGUUUGGGGUGUUGGAUUGUAAGGUAAACAGCCCGUGUGGAAGAGCAGCAUAACCAGUUUCGGGUUUAAUCAGGUUUUUUUUUCUCUUGUCCUUUUAGAACUAUCAGUGUUCUAUGAUAUAAUUUUGGCAGUAGAGGUACUUUUGAUGCUAAGUUGGUUUAAACAUUCUGCAUUAAAUAUGUAUUUUGACGGUUUCAACAUAAUUGUGGUGGUUAUACUGCCUUUUGGGUUUGUCCCAUAUUUUUAGUUUAGUGUGUCAUGGAAUUUACUGUGAGAGAAUGUGAAGCACACAAAUAACUUGAGUACCUUAGCUAUGUGUUUUACUUUAAAAAUAGACAUGAUUUGUUGAGAA